CAAUGGGCUGUGCCGCGUGGCCGUGGCGGGAAGUGCGGCGCGGAGCGGAGCGGCCGGGAUUUUGUUGCAGGUGAAAGUCUGAGGAUUGUUAUGACUUCAAAGACUGUUUUUAUCUGUUGCCCAUUGGGCCACAAAAAGAUAUGGCUACAGAAGCUAAGUACAGCAUUGUACGGGAAGUGGGCCGAGGGAGCUAUGGGGUAGUUUAUGAGGCUGUUGUCAGUCAAACCAGAAACAAAGUGGCAGUGAAAAGGAUGCAGUGUAAUGUACCUGAAAAUGUGGAACUGGCUUUGCAAGAGUUUUGGGCCCUGCAAAGUGUUCAGAGCCAACAUGAGAAUGUGAUCCAGUUAGAAGAGUGUGUCUUGCAGAGUGGCCAAGUCUUUCAGCCAAUCAGCCGCCAGUACAGGAAAUCGGACAGUCAUCUGCUGCUGAUUGAGACCUGUCUGAAAGGGCGGAGAUGCAUGGACCCCAAGUCUGCCUGUUUUGUGUGGUUUGUGAUGGAGUUCUGUGAUGGUGGAAACAUGAAUGAUUUUUUGCUGUCUCGCACUCCAGAUUCUCAGCUGAAUAAUAGCUUCAUGCAGCAGCUGAGCAGUGCUGUUGCUUUCUUGCACAGAAAUCAGAUUGUGCACAGAGACCUGAAGUCAGAUAAUAUUCUUAUUUCCCAUAGCCCUGGAGGUCCUGUAGUAAAGGUAGCAGACUUUGGCCUGAGUAAGAUAUGCCAGGGGAAAGUGAACGUGAACCAGCAUUGCUUCUCGUCAGCCUGUGGGUCAAACUUCUACAUGGCACCAGAAGUGUGGGAAGGUCGUUAUACUGCCAAAGCUGAUAUCUUUGCCCUCGGGAUCAUUUUCUGGGCUAUGGUAGAGAGGAUUACCUUCAGGGAUGGGGACUCUGAGAAGGAAUUGCUUGGAACCUACAUCUGUCAAGGCAAGCGGCUUAUUCCUGUUGGGGAGGCGCUGCUGGAGAAUCCCAACAUGGAACUGCAGAUUCCUCUGAAGAACAAGAAGUCCAUGCCAGAUGAUCUCUGCAGGCUCCUGCAUGACAUGUUAACUUUUAACCCAAAGGAAAGACUGGAUGCCUUCCGACUAGAAAUUCGAAUCAGGAGAAUCUCAUAUGGGAAAAAGCGCCAACGUUCAUAGCAGCAAGUGGUGAUCAGGUCCUGUAUUCCACUGUUACCAUCACACAGACAUCAUGACCAAUACCUCUGAAUUCUCAUUGGAUUAAUGGUUUGACCCUGAGGGAGACUGGUCAGAAUAAAUCUUGACUGCUUCCCA